UCCAGCAGGGAGGGGACACAGUCAUACACGGAGGAGGAGGGACAGCCAGCCGGGCAGGACAAACACCACUCACAAUACCGAGCCGCACUCGUCGUGACAGCGUCUGUCAACAGCGCGGAGACACCCGUGGGGACAGUUUUCUUCCACCUCAUGUAUUUAUAGACACAGCCCGUCGUCACCAUGACAGCGGAGGAAACCAUAAAUGUGAAGGAGGUGGAGAUCAUCAAGGUGAUCCUGGACUUUCUCAACUCCAGGAAGCUGCACAUCAGCAUGCUGGCCCUGGAGAAGGAGAGCGGCGUCAUCAAUGGGCUCUACUCAGACGACAUGCUCUUCCUCAGGCAAUUGGUGCUUGAUGGCCAGUGGGACGAGGUCCUGCAGUUUAUUCAGCCUUUGGAGUGCAUGGAUAAGUUUGACAGAAAAAGGUUUCGUUACAUCAUCCUGAAGCAGAAGUUUCUGGAGGCUCUGUGUGUAAAUAACGCCAUGUCUGCAGAAGACGAGCCGCAGCAUUUGGAGUUCACGAUGCAGGAAGCAGUUAAGUGUCUCCAUGCCCUGGAGGAGUUCUGUCCCUCUAAAGAUGACUACAGCAAACUGUGUCUGCUCCUCACACUGCCUCGCCUCACAAACCACGCAGAGUUCAAGGAUUGGAACCCGAGCACGGCCAGGGUGCAGUGUUUCGAGGAGGCCUGCACCAUGGUAGCGGAGUUCAUCCCUGCCGACAGGAAGCUGAGCGAGGCUGGAUUCAAGGCCAGCAGGGAUCGACUCUUCCAGCUGAUGCUCAAAGGAGUCCUCUAUGAGUGCUGCGUGGAGUUCUGCCAGAGCAAGGCGACAGGCGAGGAGAUCACAGAAAGCGAGGUCCUCCUGGGUGUCGACAUGCUGUGUGGUAACGGCUGCGACGACCUGGACCUGUCCCUGCUCUCCUGGAUGCAGAACCUCUCCCACACCGUCUUCUCCUGCGCCUUCGAGCAGAAGCAGCUCAACAUCCACGUGGACCGCUUGGUCAAGCCCGCAAAGACCGGCUACGCUGACCUCCUCACCCCGCUCAUCAGCAAACUAUCUCCAUACCCUUCCUCCCCGCUGCGACGCCCCCAGUCCGCCGAUACCUACAUGUCACGCUCCUUGAACCCGGCGUUGGACGGGUUGUCUUACGGGCUGUCCGGCCAGGAUAAGAGAGCAAGUGGCGGGGAGGUAGUGCCGGGUAAAGGGGUCUCUCCCAUGUCCCACUCGUUUGCCAAUUUCCACUACCCUGGAGCAGGAGGGCAGAGCCUGAGCAGGAGUCUCAUGAUGGAGAGCUCUGACUGCCACAGCAUCUUUGAGGAAUCCCCUGAGACGUCGAGGACAGACACACCUGUGGAUAAGAUGAUGAGUUCAGGUGGCACUCCGAACCUGCGUCCUGCCUCAGCUCCGGGCGAGGACGCACCAUCCGAUGGUUCUGUUGACAGGAACGAGCUUCGAGACUCAACAGAGAAGUACGAGGAGUUCUAUCGGCAGCGUCUCCGCGUGCAGCAGCACCUGGAGCAGAAGCAGCAGCAGAGGCAAAUGUACCAGCAGAUGCUGCUGGAGGGAGGAGUCCAGCAGGAGCCCCCACCCAGCGACAUGCAGCACAGCCUCACAGAGAAGUUCCUCAACAGGUCCAUCCAGAAGCUGGAGGAGCUCAAUGUGGGGAUGGAGAAUUUAGGGGAGGACAUGAAGUCUCUGACCCAGCAGUGCAAUGGCAAUGGGAACCCGCCCACCUCUGAGGACAAUAACAACCCUCCAUCUGCGACCCCGGAGAAAACCCUAGGGGGAGGGGUGCUCAGCAGCACCCCACAACGCACCGUGGGGGGCCGCCCCGUCCAGCCUCCAAAUGAGUCCCCUGUCGUCGCCCAGAGUGAGCAGAAACUAAAAGGAAGUCAACCAGGUGACUCUCCAGGCUCCCUGUCCCGAAGUAAAGAGGGAGACAAGUCUAAAAGCCUGUUUGUGCCGGUGCAUUCUCUGGAAGACACUCAGGCUAUCCGAGCUGUCGCCUUUCACCCGUCCGGAUCGCUCUACGCUGUGGGAUCCAACUCCAAAACUCUACGUGUCUGUGCUUAUCCAGAAACACUGGACCCAAGUGGUUCAAGUCCAACAAAGCCGCCAGUUGUCCGCUUCAAACGAAACAAACACCACAAAGGGUCCAUCUACUGCGUGGCUUGGAGCCACUGUGGGCAGCUGCUGGCCACAGGCUCCAACGACAAAUAUGUCAAAGUUUUACCUUUCAGUGCGGAGACGUGCAACGCCACCGGCCCAGACCUGGAGUUCAGCAUGCAUGACGGCACCAUCAGAGACCUGGCCUUCAUGGAGGGUCCCGAAAGUGGAGGAGCCAUCUUGAUAAGCGCCGGAGCUGGAGACUGUAACAUCUACACUACUGACUGUCAGAGGGGACAGGGUCUGCACGCCCUCAGUGGACACACAGGUCACAUCCUGUCUCUGUAUACAUGGGGAGGCUGGAUGAUUGCUUCUGGCUCUCAAGACAAGACGGUGCGUUUCUGGGACCUCAGGGUGCCCAGCUGUGUCCGAGUGGUGGGAACUGCUUUCCAUGGGUCAGGCAGUCCUGUUGCCUCAGUAGCAGUAGAUCCUAGUGGCCGUCUCCUAGCAACAGGACAGGAGGACAGCGCAUGCAUGCUGUAUGACAUCAGAGGAGGACGAAUCGUCCAGGUGUACCGGCCGCACUCCAGUGAUGUGCGAUCCGUCAGGUUCUCCCCUGGAGCGCAUUACCUGCUCACCGGCUCCUAUGACACAAAGGUCAUAGUCACCAACCUCCAAGGUGACCUGACCAAGCAGUUGCCUCAGACUGUGGUGGGAGAGCACGGCGACAAGGUGAUCCAGUGUCGAUGGCACACAAGUGACCUGUCCUUCCUCUCGUCCUCUGCUGACCGCACUGUCACACUCUGGACUCACAACCCAUAACACACACACACACACACACACACACACACACACACACACACACAGAACCAGUCAAAAUCUAACAGCCUGUUUACACCUGGUAUUAACGUUCAUUUCAGUCAUCUGAACACAAGUGGACAGCCGAGACACAUCGCCACUUACACCUGUGUGUGUAUAUGCGCCUGCAGCUGACCACUUGUGUUAGAUUUCGUUACUGCCUACGUCACGUACGCUGGAACAGGGGUAGGUAAGCUGCAGCUAUUUAGUCCCUCUCUAGUUGCGCCGUGCUUUUGACAAAUUAUAUGUAAAAUAAUAUCGGCUUAUUUUUAACAUUUCAUUUAUCAUUGUCGUCGACCUAAAGUGAUGCACAUAUUCUCCAGUGGUAAAAACGUGUACCCUAUACACCAAGGAAAAAAAGUGUCUUAACAUUUCGUCACCAAAAGUGUGCAUCACAUGUCUAUGGCCUUGUUCCUUUUUCCUCUAAAUACUGGCUAGUCUUGUUUCGCCCUAGCUAAGUCUCGUAGGAAAAUAGAGAAUUUAAUAGUGCAUGGACAGAUUUGUUUGCUUUCACAGCCAAUGCUACAAAGUUAAAGUACCAAGCAAUCAUCAACAGAUCACUGCAGAGUAGCCUUCUAAGCUAAAACAUAUUAAUGAAUGCUCACUUAGACCUAUUAGUAAUGUUCAUAGACUAAUUUAGACUAGAAUAGGCUGUUUUUUUUUUUUUGUUUGUUUUUGACCAAAAAUGUCUCUUUUGAUAUUUAAGGUUGCCGACCCCUGCGCUAGAAGGUUUAAGGGCCCUGCACACGGGUAUUACAUCCACACUAACUGCUCGCUAGUCAUGUUAGCGGAUGUGUCGGUACAGCUGGAGAUAUCACUGUCAGCAGAAUUCGACAUGUCUUCUUCCAGAGGGCAAAAUGAUGCACAGUCACUCAACACUUAGUCCUGCACUGAUGGAGUAAGCUUUGUCAGGGACGCAUCAGGACACAAUAGCAUUUACACUACAAAAGACGUGGUCAAAUACGUCCCAAGUUUUGUUCUGGAGUUCGUUCACACUUAUAUUAGGUGCUGUCCACUUGUAAUCUGAUCACGCUGUUAAUACCAGGUGUAAAGAGGCUCUUAAAGACACAUUCCCUCUAAAGCAGUGGUUCCCAACUGGUCCAGCCACGGGGUCCAGAUUUCUCCUUAGUCAUUAGUUCAAGGUCCACACAGUUUAAUAUAUUCAAUGUCAUAUUUGCGCUUGGCCAUGUCGUUGAGCUAGUUUGCUGUCUCUGUCAAGUAGCUGUCCGUUAGUCACUUACUCUGCAGCAGGAAAUGGCACUUCAAACUAAAAGCUCUGUGCUGGAAAUUCACUAUACGUCAAAAUAAAGUGUGUUUUAAUAAACUUGCGGUCCAUUAAGAACAGACCUGAGACCCACUUUUGGACUGUGACACACCAGUUUGGAACCACUGCUCUAAAACAACACAGCUCCUCCUGCACUAUCAACACUGUCACACCCUCUCAACACACUUACAGCUUGAAAACACACACACACACACAUACACCGACACACGAGCAGGUGAAUGAGCCUUUCGCUCCUGUCUGUAGGAAACCAAAAUGGAUACAAACCUGUGACACAUCAGAAGCACACGUUGCAUGUUGUCUCCUUUUUUUCUUUACAUCACUCACAUCGCAUUUGUCACGCCGAUUGUCGUCACCUUGAGGGUCAAACAGCGGGAUCAUUCGUUAUUCUCACUGUCACUCCAUCCUACAUCUUCACUUGUUACACACACGAGUCAGUUGCUGCAUGUUCUUUUCACUGAGGAGUUGUUGAGGUUAGACAGGACAGAGUGCUUUGUUCAUGAUGGUGCCUUUCUUGAGUUUCCAUAGCAAAAAUGUAAAAAAAAAAAAAAAACAAAGACAAAAAAAAGUUAAUAUGGUCAUUUUUCAAGAUCAGAUUUUGUUAAGUCAUCUUGGGAAGUCCGACAUUCCUUCUUCUUUUGCAUAUCAUUUUCUUACAGCUGGUGUAAUGCUGCUAUUGUUUGAGGAAACGAGUUGAAUCUCUGGUGUAAAAUGUUUUCUCAGUGUGUCAGUAGUGAGCUUUUUCCCCUAUCAGGAGGCUGAAUCUGUGGAGGUCAUACUAUCUGUUGAUCAGUCAGCUGUUGCUUCCCUGUGGGAUGUGCUGAUGUCUAAUGUUACCGUAUCCACUGCAUCGCUACAACUCAAAAAUGUGUAAAAAUAAUUAGCUUGUGCAUUCGUUUUGAAAUUUGAAAUCAGUGUUUUUUGCGCUGAAGCUGUUACAGUGUCUUGCGAUGGCUUGCUUGCAAUGGAAGAUCGUUACUAUGUCAGCAUCAAAGGGAAAAUGUGAUUUGUGGUUGAGCGCCCCAGCAUUCAGUUUAGGAGUUGUAAGUGUUCAAAAGCUUUGGUUUGUCUACUGCUGUAACACUAUAACAACAGUAGGUGGCAGUCUUUGCCCAUAGCAAAGGUCUAACCAUAUGCACAAUGAAAUCUGAAUGGACGCACGGGUGUUUUGAUAUUUAUUUAGAACAAGUAUUCGGGGCAUAUGCAUCCUUUUCUUGUAUUUUACAUGCGCACUUUGUCUUUUAACAUCGUCUUCUGAUAUUAAUUUACUUACAAAGAUGCAUAUUUUAUGUUAAUGUAUAGUAUAUAUUGUUUUAACAAAUAAGGCCAAACUAAUACGUACAUAGAUGUAUUUAUUUCAGUUGUGUUAAUGUAUGUACAGUUAUUAGUAUGUUUUUGAAAUGCUAGUGGCUCUUGUAUUAAGCCUUUCUAAUUCUUGUUUUUAAAAGUGACUUAAAUUAAUUCAAGCUAACUCAAGUCUGACUGCUGGUACGUUCAAUAAAGUGUCUUUUACAC